AUGACCACACAACUGCCUUUGGAUAAAACAUUCCUCAUCGCAGCUUGGGCGGAGGCCAUCGCAUAUGGCUUCCUUGUGUGUCUCUUCUGUGCUACGAUGUUCUUCACCUUCGGCACCGGUCUACGACACGACUUUCAUGGCAAGGUCAUGAUCUGUGUAUCAUGUACCAUGUUCUUAGUAGCAUCCUGGCAUUUGGCCAUGAACGGCUACCGUCUGAUCGAAGGGUUCACCGAGCACGCGUUCACUCCGGGUGGGCCAGUAGCCUACUUUGGCAAUCUUCGCACUUGGGACCAUGUACUCAAGGACACGCUCUAUGCGACGCAGGAGAUUCUGGGGAAUGCUGCAGCGGUAGGCAAACACACGUCGCCAUCUGCCAUCGUUUCUGGCUACACUGUGUGCGCGCUGUUCGUGAAAGUCGACCCCAACCAAACCGUAUUUGAUCCGCUCCUCAAUUCAUGGAUACGAGCAUUUUACUCCAUUGCCGUGGUCCAAAAUAUCAUCACAACCAGCCUCAUGGCGUACCGAAUCUGGCGAACAACUCACCAAUCUGCGAAGUUCCGUACGGACAGAGGGCUGAUUCCUGUCUUGCGGAUACUGGUCGAGUCUGCAGCACUCCAGUUGGUUGUUGAGAUCUUGCUCCUCGCGUUGUACUGCAGCAAUAUUAAUGCUCAGUAUAUUUUACUGGAGCUAGUUACGCCCGUGGUGGGCAUUACAUUCAACGCCAUUACCAUCAGAAUCCGGCUCCGCGCGUUGAAUACGGCAAGUACGGGCUCUGGUAUCACGAAAUCAGACCACGUUCAAACGAUUGGAAGCGUUCCAAUGCGUCGUCGCAUCCACGUCGAUAUCACCAAGGAGGUAGAGGACGAUAUGGAGAAGAGCACAGAUUACCGUGUCAUCGACAUAUCGAGUAACUCGCGUGUAUAG